AUGUCGAAUUUGUCAAAGCUUGAAUUUAUGGCACUUGAUAUCUCUGGAAAUAACUAUUUUUCAUGGGUACUUGAUGCUGAAAUUCACCUUGACGCUAAAGGUCUUGGUGACACUAUUAAAGAAGGAACUGAAGCAUCAAGUCAGGAUAAGGCCACGGUAUUGCCAAGAGCUCAUCGUGAGUGGAUGCACUUACGGCUACAAGAUUAUAAGACCAUAAGUGAAUAUAAUUCUGCUGUAUAUAGAAUAAUUUCUCAACUAAAAUUAUGUGAGGAACCUAUGAAUGAUGAAGACAUACUGGAAAAGACUCUUUCCACUUUUCAUGCCUCAAAUAUGGUGUUACAGCAGCAAUACCGUAAAAAGGGCUUUAAGAAAUAUUCUGAGUUAAUUUCAUGCCUUUUGGUGGCUGAACAACAUAAUGCUCUUUCAAUGAAAAAUCAUGAUGCCCGCCCCACUGGAUCAGCUCCAUUUCCAGAAGCAAAUCUGGGAACGAUAGAUCCAAAGUCUAAAAAAAGAUAA